AUGGUGACCGCAGGCCCUUCAUCCGCCCAGAACGGUGCUCAAGCACGCGCAACAGCAUCUGCUGCGCCUGGCUACGAACUUCCCUGGGUAGAGAAAUACAGACCCGUCUUUUUGGACGACGUCGUCGGCAACACAGAAACAAUCGAACGACUCAAGAUCAUCGCCAAAGAUGGCAACAUGCCCCACGUCAUCAUCUCGGGCAUGCCUGGUAUCGGAAAGACAACCUCGAUCCUGUGUCUGGCGAGACAAUUGCUUGGAGAUGCCUACAAGGAAGCCGUCCUCGAACUGAACGCCUCAGACGAGCGUGGUAUCGAUGUCGUCCGCAAUCGUAUCAAGGGCUUCGCUCAGAAAAAAGUCACACUGCCCGCCGGCCGCCAAAAGCUGGUCAUUCUCGAUGAAGCCGACAGCAUGACAUCCGGCGCUCAACAAGCCUUGAGAAGAACCAUGGAAAUCUACUCCAGCACAACUCGCUUCGCCUUCGCUUGCAACCAGUCCAACAAGAUCAUCGAGCCCCUACAAUCUCGUUGCGCUAUUCUCAGAUACUCACGUCUGACCGACGCACAGAUUGUCAAGCGUCUGACACAGAUCUGUGAGGCUGAGAAGGUCGAGUACUCUGAGGAUGGCCUUGCUGCUUUGGUAUUCAGUGCAGAAGGCGACAUGAGACAAGCAAUCAACAACCUGCAGAGUACACAUGCUGGUUUCGGUUUCGUCGAUGGCAACAACGUCUUCAGGGUCGUCGACCAACCUCACCCUUACAAGGUCGAGACCAUGAUCAAGAACUGCCACUUGUGCAACAUUGAUGCUGCCUUGUCCAUGCUCAAAGAACUCUGGGACUCUGGUUACUCGUGCCACGACAUCAUCAGCACAAUGUUCAAAGUCACAAAGACCAUUCCCGUUCUCUCCGAGCACGCAAAACUCGAGUUCAUCAGAGAAAUCGGCUUCACCCACAUGAGAAUCCUCGAGGGUGUGCAGACAUAUCUCCAACUCUCCGGCUGUGUUGCAAAGCUCUGCAGAAUCAACAUGAAGCCUGGCCUUUUCGUGCUUCCAAAGUAG